AUGGAUGGGUUGAUGGACAAAUGUCAGGCAGCUUUUGUACCCGGGAGAUUGAUAUCUGAUAAUAUAAUCAUGAGUCAGGAGCUGGUUAAAGGCUAUGGAAGAAAGGGGCUAUCACCAAGAUUGUCAUAUUCUAUAAUUAUCAAUAGUACUCCCAGUGAUCCCUUCCCAGCAAUGAAAGGCCUAAGGCAAGGAGAUCCAUUAUCCCCCUUUCUGUUUGUCAUUGCAAUGGAUUAUUUGAGCAGAAACUUGAGGCAACUACAACACAUCCCAAACUUCAAUUACCACCCGAGAUGUGAAAAGAUGCAAAUAAUACAACUGGGUUUCGCGGAUGAUCUAUUACUAUUCACAAGGGGAAAUUUGGGGUCUGUGCAGUUGAUGUAUACAAUAUUCCAGGAAUUUUCAAGCGUUUCUGGGCUUAGUGCAAAUAAAGACAAGAGCUCCAUAUAUUUUGGUGGUGUUCCUAAUGAAGACCAGAGGAUAAUACUAUGCUUCUUGGGUAUCCCUAAGGGUGAAUUACCAAUAAAGUAUCUCGGAGUCCCUCUUUGCGCUAAAAGAAUAUUCGUAGUCCAAUACCAGCCCCUACUUGAAAAAAUGUUGGGAAGAAUUACCUCUUGGACUACCAAAUUUCUGUCUUACGCCGGAAGAAUGCAACUGAUAAAGAGUGUCCUAUUCACCAUACUAGUCUUUUGGUCCCAGUUGUUUGUGCUGCCUAGGAAAGUGAUAAAGAUGAUUGAAGCAAUCUGCAGAACUUUUUUGUGGACAGGGGGUAUAGAUGUAUCAAAAAAGGCUCUACUAGCUUGGGACAAAAUAUGCGGCCCAAAAGAAGCUGGGGGAUGGAAGGUUCUUGACAUUACAAUAUGGAAUAGAGCAGCCAUAACCAAGAUACUAUGGAACUUACACAGCAAGAAGGAUAAGCUUUGGGUUCAAUGGGUGCACACAUACUAUGGGAAACAUAAGAAUCUGUGGGACGAGGAAGUAAAACAGGCCUCAUGGAUGAUAAAGAAAAUUCUUAAGGCAAAAAAAUAUAUAGAAGCAGUGGGUAUAAGGCCAGAUGAAUUCAGUGCUAUGCCGUACUAUUCUAUUAAAGAAAUGUAUCAAAAGUUGAAGGGUGAAGCUCCAAGAGUGCACUGGUGGAGAAUAUUCUGUCACAACGAAGGACUCCUUAGAUGGCUAUUUAUUUUCAAUCUCACUGCCCAUGGUAGACUGGCCACCAGGGACAGACUGAAGAAAUGGGGCAUGACAAAUGACUUAGUAUGUCCACUAUGCGAUGGACAUGAUGAAUCCAUCAACCAUCUAUUUUUUGAAUGUGCUUAUGCUGCAGGCGUAUGGAACAAGCUGCUGGUAUGGCAAGGAAUUCAUAGACAAGCAAUGACCUGGAACCAUGAAUUGACUUGGGCAUGCAGUCAUAUUAAGGGCAGAAGACCGGGGGAGGAAAUUUACAAAAUGGCGCUAACUGGGUGCGUGUAUCAAGUAUGGCACGAGAGGAACCAGUGCAUCUUUCAGUCCAAAAGAAGACCUGCUGAGCAGCUAGUGAGAGGGAUAAUUCAAAAGAUUUGCGCGCGAGGUAGGAUGAAGACGAAGCUAGUGAAAAAUCUGGACAAACUAAAUUUCUAUCCAUGA